ACAUAGAGAGCUGAAGAAGUCCUGAACUAACACCAGCACCAGCAGAAGAACCAGCAAAACCAGCAUUUUUAUUAAAGUCGGGCAGCAUCCUCCACUGACUGGAGCAGAGCACCAUGGCAGGCAGCACUGUUCUCCACCUGAGCCUCCUACUGACGCUCACAGGAAUUCUCCUCCUUGCAUGCAGCUCCGCGCAGAGGGUCAGAGGCAAAAGACAAAAUAUGAAGGUUCGCAUCAACGCUACUGGAGAUACCAUAGUUCUGAAGUUUGUUCGACCCAACCCUGACAUCAAGCUUGAGGGCUACAUCCUAGGCUAUGGUUCCAGCAUGUUCUCCAAACAGUUCAUCCAGCUCCCAGAAAACGGAGAACCCUACGAGACUGAAAUUGAUGCUGAGCCCAAGUACCUAGUGGCUGUUCAACCUAUCCCAACCAAUGAUGUGAAGAAGCAAUGUACAGGUAAGGUGAACUUGGACAAACCUCUCCACCUGGUGAUAGAUUCCGUCACACCGACAUCCGUGCUCCUAUCCUGGGGAACCUACUUAAAGACACCCUAUGAGGGAAACAUCAUGAACGACUGCUUGGAGGAUGGGCAUUACACCAUUCGCUACAGAGAGAGAAACAGGAAGUGGAUCUACCAGACCUGCCCUACCUCCGAUACUGUAAUCGACAACCUCAAGCCCAACACACCCUAUGAGUUUGGCGUCAGACCCAACAAAGACGAACGCAGUGGAGUAUGGAGCAAGCCAGUUAUCCACAACACCAACAUGGGAGACAAAAACAUGCAGAUAACCUACAAGCCCAACCGACCCCCUUUUGCCAAGACGUUGGCUGGACCCCACGGCAGUCUGUUCCCACCUCGACAUGCACUCCACAACAAAACCCAGCCAGGACUGUUCAAAAACCCAGGCUUUAAUGGAGCUCCAAGGACAUCUUUUGCGCCACCAAUGGACCAACAAGGAACCGUUGCUGCUCCCAGAGCCAAUGAGCCAAAAUGGUCUCAGCUCCCAUUGGAUUCAGACAACCAUGUUAGAAAUGCCUCCUCUCUGCUGGUGGAGAUCCCUCCCAUCCUCCCCCAACUUCUACCUACUAAACCCUCCCACCCUUCUGUCACCCCCACCCCUAAUUUCCUACCCAAUGGUGCACGGACACAGCACGGACACCCCCAAACCAGGGCACCUAGUGCCACUCAGAUGCCAAAUAGUUCCACUGGUAAGAGUAUCCGGACAAGCCCGAUCUCUUCUCUUCCAGCCAAACCCAAUGAUUCAAUCCUAACAGUGACUAGAAGGAACCAGUCAUCACUUGGCAGAUACCCUUUCUCUCCUCUCUCUAAUGGCAUGAGACCUUCUUCCCCCAGGCUCGGUGACUCCUUACGAAGAUAUGGGGCUAAUGGUGAGCAUCAUAAGGGACUCUCUCUUCCCAAACCAGUCAUGUGGUCCAGAGCAAGAAUGGGCUCUCCAGCUGCACGUCUACCUAUUCCAGCAAAAAAGCCUAAUCUUGUGGGCAAACCUGGAGGAUUGGCAGACAAGAUGACAGACCUGAAUCAGGACAAAACCUCCAUCUUGAAACUAGCGCAGACACCUGUUACGGCAAAACCAACCAAACCAAAGUCAACAUCUGCUCCUACUGUUACAGCACCCCGCUUUGAGACAUGGGAGAACUCUUCAGUGUUCAGCUCUGUACCUGCCUCUAAAGUCGAUGCCAUGGGCAAAGAACGCUACAUUGCUCCGCAUGUGGUCUAUAAAACGGAUAAGAAGCCAGAUGAACCAUGCUCCAUCACCACGUCUCUGAGUUACUUUCCUGAAGAAGAGGGUGCAGAACAAAAUGUCACCAAUCCACCAAGAACAGCACCAUCCAAUCUCACUGUAGUGACCGUGGAAGGAUGCCCCUCCUUCAUCAUUCUAGACUGGGAGAAAACAGAUAAUGAGACCACAGAAUAUGAGGUUAUCUCAACUACCAAAGGACCUGAUGGUAAACAAGUUUCCAUCCUGACCACAAACCAGACGCACACAGCAGUGGAGAACCUCAAACCAGAGAGCAGUUAUGAAUUCAAGGUGAAGCCCAAGAAUGAGCUCGGGGAGGGGCCGUCCAGUGAACCGGUGUCUUUCAGUACAGAGUCUGCGGAUCCACGAGUGAGCGAAAACGUCUCAGGUAAAGAUGCCAUUUGGACCCAGUUCCCCUUCAAAACCGACUCUUACUCUGAGUGCAAUGGGAAGCAAUACGUGAAGAGGACGUGGUACCGCAAAUUUGUUGGCAUCCAGCUCUGUAACUCCCUACGGUACAAGAUCUACCUGAGCGACUCCCUCAAUGGUAAAUUCUACAACAUUGGAGACCAGACAGGUCAUGGUGAGGACCACUGCCAGUUUGUGGACUCAUUCUUAGAUGGAAGAACAGGCACUCAACUACCAGCAGACCAGCUGCCAGCCAGGCCAGGCUACUUCAGAGCAAUGAGACAAGAGCCAGUCAACUUUGGUCAGAUUGGUGGGAACUCCCACAUAACCUAUGUUGCAUGGUAUGAAUGUGGUACGCCAAUCCCAGGGAAAUGGUAGGACUCAAGCAUCUGUCCACACAGAAUCCUGAAGAGCAACUCUCAUUGGUUGGGAGUGGUGACUGCCUAGGUUGACAUGACAGGCUUUUUUACUGUUUUCUCUGCAAAUGAUGGUGAGAUUGGUCACUCCUCAGCCUACAUCAUCAAAGAUCAUACCAUUUAUAAUAGUGUACAGGAUCAAAGAGUCAGGGAAUUCUUUUGAGCACAUUUGUGAUAUGUAAUAGCAAAACAAUGCCUCAUCUCUUUAUUUAUCGUACGUUACUAGGGCAAACGAAAUAAUUCAUCAUGAGCAAAACUACUUCAAAAACAUUGAAGUGAUGAACAUAAAAAAGAAAGGAAAAAAAUACCUGUUUCAAUAUUGGGAAGCUGGCUCCCUGAAACUAUUUUGAUAUUUUGUAUAAUAUUAUUUAUCAAAAUUUGUGGUGCCAUGUUUCUUGGUAAUGACUUUUCAGUGAGGAAGGGCCAGGCUUUGAUUAUGCGCUUUAAUAGUAAAGACAGCUUGGACUUUUGUCUCCCACCAGAGGCAGCUGUAUUAGUUUAGUACUGAUAUUGUAGGUUUCUGAUGUCAGAUGUAAACUAAAACUCGUAUGUAUAGCUGGGACUCUUUGCGAUGUUGGUUUUACAAACACAUUGUACUGGCAAAAGGCUCAACAAGUCAGGUUAUCUACACUAACAUAGAAAGAAUGGAAACAAGGUGACCACAUAUCUAUGUUUACAACAGGUUGGAAUUAAAAUUAAUGUUUUCUUUACACACACACACACACACACACACACACACACACUUUGUACCAUGGCUAUAGUCUUCCAUUGUAAGCCCUGGUGUAGACUAUUUGUUGGUUCUAGAUUGUAAGGAAGACCUUACACUUGCAAUUUGCACAGCACAAAUGUAUUUAUAUGUAUAUGGAGAGAGUAUUUUUUUCAGGAAACCUAUAAAAGAAUUAAAAUAUUCCCCCUAAAACUUGUGAAACACAAUUCAAGUCACACCGCUUUGGCCUUUCUACCAAAAAAUCCUACUUCUAUGAGUGUUAAUUUAGAGAUAUUCAAGGAAUCUUGAAGAUCUUAACAUGUAAAGUACAGCUUGUAUGGGUUCCAUAUUUUGUACAGUUUUGUCCCUGCCAAUCCCCUUGGCAGAGGGUAUCUGGCUUAUCCGUAUUUUCAUGGAGUUUGUUUGUAAGAUGAUGUUGAUGUUGUUUGGACAUGUUUCCUCAGUUUCUGUAUGUAUUUUACAAUAAUAAAUACCAGACAUUGUUUA